UGAGACCAAGUGAGACUUGCAGCUCAUUAUCGCUUUUCCGGACGUGAGACCAAGUGAGACUUGCAGCUCAUCACUUACCACAGCCAAGCAGCCAAACACAUUUACAAACUAUGCAGCCCAACGGAAACGGAAGUCCUUCUGGCCCCGACUUUGAGGGGUUCUCGUUGCCCGACGCAGAGCUGGCGUCCAAGAUCGAGGCGUAUCUGGCCGGCAUCACCGUGACGGACCACAACCCAGCUAUUCUCUUCAGCUGGGACAACGAAGCACUCGAGGAAUUCGUGAUGGCGGCCAACGCAGAGGCUGAUGGCCACCCGCAAUGGUUCUCCCAGCCGCGAGGCAGUAUAUCGCCCAAGUCCGUCAUGAGCGACAUCAUGAACUACCUCGCGCAGCUUGGUGGUGGCCGCUGCGAUCGCGUGCUACUGGCGCCUAACUCGCUCAUUCAAUACGGGCACUUGCAAGAACGACUCCAAUACAUGCAGUACGACGAGUUUAUGCAGUCGUGCAUGGCCAGAGUGACGCCCGGCAGGACACUCGCGCGCACCUUCGCAUUGACAACUCCGUCUGUCGAGCGUGCCGUGCCCACUCAAUGCCUACCACCCCCGCCUCCAGUCCGACAGCUCUUUGAGUAA